UUCAUAUUGAACUGAGCUUCAAAGUCUGUAUUAUACCUUUUCCCAUGGAAGAAAUGAGUUGAACUGUAUUUUGGAAAAUGAGUUGGCUUGAAAGCUACAUUGAUCAGUCUGUUACUUUCACUUCUUGGAGAAAGGUUGAAGCAAAAAUGUGUCAAGUUCUAAAACAAAAUCUUGAAAAAAAAUUAAUGGAUCCAGUCAAUCGCCAAAUAUUAUUCCAAAUUUUAGGUGAUGAUUUUGUGAGCAAAUAUUUCUCAAGCUAUACCAGCAGUCCUGCUAUUCUGGAUAAUAUAAGAACUGAAGAAAAAGAGAAGAAGAUUAAAGAAAUGAAAACCUUUGUUUCAUCUGUCAUUGAUGGUACUUUAGCACCAAAGGGACCUAAAAGUGAUAUUAAAAUUCAGUCUGAUCUUGCAGCAUUUUCUCAAGAUGUGCAAAAUGUAAUUGAUUCUGAUUUUCAAGAGCAGUUAUCAGAAGGAAAAUCAAAGAGAAAACAAAAAGGGGAUUUACAUGAAAAAUAUUUGUCUGAACUUCUCUCUGCUGAUCCUGAUGUAAUUGAAAGUCUGAUGCCUGAACUUCGUAGUCAAGUUGUUGUGUUAUCGGAUUACUUGAGGGCUUCAAUUUGGCCAGCUUGCAUUUCAUAUAAGGAAAAGCCAAAACAAAAAAAAAAUUCUCAAAAAAUUCAUGAUAGGUUUGUUCAGCUGUACAUCAAACAGCACUUGUCUCAGGAAUUUUCAAAGGAUUCAAGAACCAUAUCUUCAACAGUGACAAAGAUUUAUAAAGAAACAAAAGGACUAAAAACUUUGGAUUCAGAAAAUAAUAUUUCUUCAACUGUUGCUAUUUUGAGUGUUUGUGAUACAUAUGGCAAGAAGUUUCAGCCUUAUUAUGUAUUUUAUGCUGCUGUUUUGCAACAUGUUUUUUUGAAAAGUAACCAGAGAACUUCAGAUCAGGAGUUUGGUUAUGCUGCUAUGAUGUUGGAAAAAAUUUUGAGACUGUGUGCUGUUACAAAUGAGCGUUCAAAUAAAAUUGUUAAUAAAGUAAUCCAGAUCCUUACAGAUUCUGAUAAAGAGUUAGUGAACCAUAUUAAACAACAUUUAAGUUCAAACUUGGAUGGAAAAACUGGCUCAUCAACAGAAAAAAAUAUUUCAAGUUCUGGAUCAUCACAAGCAUCAGACUUACGUGAUAGCAUAACAUUUUAUCUUAAUAAGUGGAUAACAGAUGCAUUUUCGAGUGUAUUAAAAGCAAACUGUCUGUUUCUAGUUUGGGACCAAUUGUUUUUAAAUAAAUGGGAAAAUAAAAUUUUCCAAGAUGUGUGCUUAUCUUUAAUGGGCCUAUUAAAGCCAUGGUUUAUGCUCUCAAAAAGUAAAAGUGAUAUCGAGAAGGUGUUUUUGGAAGAACCAAGUUACUUGUAUAUGCUUGAUGUCCGUAGUGCUCUGUCCUUCAUUCAAAAAAAGGUUAAUUUUUCUGAAAUUCCAUCGGUGAAUAGAAAUAUAAAAUAUUGGAAACAGGAACCAGUAAAAUCACCCAGUCCAGUUCAACCUCCACCUCCUCCACCAGUGGUACCCGUGCCUGCAAGAGCAUCAACACCACCUCCAAAACCUGUGCCAUCUCUUCCCAAGUUCAUUCCUUGGGUACCUUAUAACAAGGAAAAAAUAAAGGAUACUGCUUUGGUUAAAAGCAAAGUUGAUAUGCCGUUUGAUCUGUAUAUUGACUCUGUACGCUUUGUUCCAGAUUAUGCCACUGUUGUUAAAGUCACUGGUAAAGUACUGAAUAUCUAUUUGGGACAAAAAAACAAAUCCAUAAAAUUUCAAGGAAUUCCAGAAAUGGGAUCUUAUUGGCGUCAUCCAAAAUUCAAGUUAAAGCAGACAGUUAAUCGUGAAAGUAUUCCAAUGAAUCCAGAUGUCGUGGUUAUGAUUAGAGUAUACACAUUGGAACAACAUUCUAAACAGAAUUAUGUUUUGGGAUCGUGUUUGUUUGGUCCUUUUUCAAAUAAGCAUGGAAAGCAAGCUACUUUGAGAGUAGGAGGACAUCAAGUGCGUGUUAGGCAUGGAAUACCUGAUCCUGAUUUUACUGUUGAACAUAUGUUAGCUUCUCAUAUGGAUGAUAAUCCUAUAAUACCUGGAGUAACAGUGCUAUUAAGAGUUUUGCCUCAUGGAAAGGAUUAUGCACCUGCUCCAGAAUAUGAAACUAAUUACUAUCGAUCUGAGCUAGCUAAACCUAAUGACUCUGAAAACAAACUGUAUAAACACUAUCAGGAUUCAAAAGACCUUAGUGCAGUGGUGCGGGAUGUGGCAUUGCGACAAUCUGGGCAAGCAUCAGCAAAUGAUGAAACUCUUACUCAAUUGAUGUGGCAGCAGCUUCAGAAAGAAGGAUCUGAUGUUGAAGAUUUUCCUUACCAAAGAUUUGUAAAAUACAGCAUGGAACAUGGAAUUAUGGUUCUCAUUGAUAAGGCUGCUGGCCUUCCGCUUUUCCUCGAAGGUAGAUAUCUUCAGUGUCUUGUACAAAUAUUUCCUGGUGAAGACACAAAAAUUGGAACUGGAAAGAACCAAGUGAUUAAUUUUCUCACUGAAGAACUAGAGUUAGAUAGUCCUCAGAGGGCACCUGAUUGGUCAGAUCAGCCUAAGCGAGUUACUCCUGAAUAUGAUGGCAGAGCCUUUAUACUGAUUUCACUGUAUGGAUUGAGACCAAAGUUUGAUACAUCUUCUGAGAAAGUAUUAGAUAAGGGAGGAAAAGACCCCAAAUUCAACUUGCAACAUGCAGUAGCCUGGGGUAUUGCAACUUGUUUUGACAAGUUAGUGUGAUAAAACUGUGCAUGAUUUUCACAUUUCAAUUUUUAAAUGACAUUUAAGGUUCUUAGAUUUUGGCUUUGGUUUUUAGAUUCUUAUUCAAUCAACUGAUUGAAUAAGAUUGCUGCACAAGAAAAAUUAUCAUUGAUUCUGGACUAUGCAGUUGAAUAGGUUAAUUGCAUGAAGUUUACUUUAUGUGGCAGAAAUAUGAGCCAGUUUUUCGUGGAAGGUUCUGCAUGAAGUUAUAGUACUUAAAGCAGAUAUAUAUCCAGUGCUUUGUUUUAUUGAUUAAUCUAAAUUAGAAUGUUAUUCAUAAUUUUAUGAAGUAUUUAAAAAAAUUAUUCCAUACAAACUGUGCUAUUAAUACCACAUUAUAGUAUACUGAAAUAAGAGGAAAUAUAUUAAGUUUUUUUUUUCAUGUGUCAGAAAUAUUCUAUAUAUAUAUAAUAUAUAUUCUGUAUACGGGAGACAUUUAUUUCUCUGUGACUGAGAUGAUUUACAUUGCUAGGUGAUGUCACAGUUGAAUGAAAACUGUGGUUUCCUUUUUCAGCAAGACAGCUUUUCAACUUGUUGUCAGUGAGGCUGUUAUCAAAAACAUUCAGAAGAGUAUCUUGAUCAAAAUUUGCCACAUAGUUGGGCAGGAGGAUUCUCGAAUUUAGUCCAGUAAAUUUUUUUUAGAUGGUGGGUUUUUUCCCCCUCCCUGUGCCUGCAUUGUUUUGUGUUAUAGAAAUACUUGUAUAUUGUUAUAUAAUGAAAUUUUUUGCUAUAUCAUAAAAUUAGUUGGUUAUGAGUAUGUUAUGACUAUUAGAAAUGCUCCAUGAAAUUAUAAAUAAGCUUCUAU